GGAGCAGGCAGUCCUGGGGUUGGUCCAGGACCAGGCCCUAUCAGUGGUUUCAUGAUGCCACAAGGUAUGCAGCGCAACAUGUCUCCCAUGCCAGGGAACCCUCACCGUCCUCAGAGUGCUCCUUCACUACCAGACCCUGCUCUUCAGGUCCCAUGCACCCACCCAGCAUUGGGUCACCAAUGCCACCCCUUACACCUCCAUUGCUGGACAACAAACAAGGCCUGGAGGAUCGUCGUGUACCUCGACCCAUUGGAGGGGAGCGAGCCCAGCGCAAGCUGCCUUUGAGUUCUGCCUCAUCUGGGUUUGGAGGUGUUGGUGAAUUUGGCAACAAACUCUGGUGCUUUUCUUCUGAUACAGAGUGGAUGUCUUCCACAUCACCACAAAUGUCAGCAGCACCCUUGCCUUCAUCUGUCAUGACUUCUUCGGUAGUGACAGGAGGCAAUAUGGCAUACAACCUUAACAGCUUUCAACGAGAAGGACAUGGUAGCGGUGUUGCUUUAGACAGUGUUGGAACCUUUCCAGACUCCCUAGGGCCAGCCGACCGCUCUCUUGACCCAACAAUGCAGAGUCAGCAGAUGAUGCUGCCCAUGUUUGUCAACGGGCUACAAGGACCCUUCCCCAUUCAGCAUCAGCCUAUUUUCACAUCACGGGGCGGCGGUGGUGGGGGUGGUGGUGAUCACGGAGGCAGUUUGCCUACCAUGUGGAGCCAAGGCAUCAAGACUGGUCCCAGCGAAGCAGGGGAUGGCGAGCCAUGGCGGAACUGGAGUCGGACUGACAUGUAAAAUGAGGUGUCUUGGGGGCUCCUACGUCAACCAGUUUUAUCAAAAAACAAAUAACAAAACAAAAUACAAUAAAAUGCCAUGUGGGCAUACUUUUUCUUAUGAAAGUUCCAGCAGAUGGCAUGGUUAGAUAAUGGUGAUUCAAGCCAAACAGAGCUUAAGCAAUUUUUGAGCAGUGGGAACGGUAUAGCUACUUUCAUGGUUUUGUGUCUGAGAGUCUUGAUGAGAGCAUGCAGAAAUAUUUUGAGCAUGCUUGCGUCAUUUUAUUUCUGCCCUCUAAUCCCUCCUCUUUUUUCCCGUCCCCUUCCCCAGUCACUUUGCAAUGAUCUUAUUAGUUCUACCCUUCCUGUUGCUAGUAAGGAAGAAUGUAAAGAUUGCAUAAAUAAACAUGAAUUUGAUGCAU